CCCACCUGUGCAUGGCAUCAACAGAAUGCGCUGGAUUCAGGUCUCCGUUUGUCAUGUGGCCGCCACCGGGGAAAACUGAGAAAUAAAUUGAUAAGCGGCAAGAAACACAAGAAAACAAGAUUGUGGAAACCGUGUCCGGGUUCUGUUCCAUCGAACUCGACGGUUAAAUCGACGAAAGAUGGAGGAAGUUUCCGUUGACUCGCCAGAGGAAAGCGAACUUUUACUACCCGCGAAUUAUGUCGAACAUGAAAUAAAUAGCGAGAUGGAACCGGAACCUCGGCAAGUCGAAACAGUCCCACUAGAGCCGGCAACGGGACCAUUAGAUGUGACUAAAAUGAGCCAAGAGAUGCAACAAGCUUACCGUGUCUACGUGGAGUUGCUAUCUGACUCGUAUCGGAAUAUCACUUGGCCCUUUCUAGAGCCGGUCGAUGCCCAAUCUUUAGGACUGUACGAUUACCACGAGAGAAUAAAAGAGCCCAUGUGCUUUACUACGAUUGGUCAAAAGUUCCAUGAAAAGGUAUACACCAGUAUCACGGAGGUGAUCGCAGACAUACGGCUUCUACUGGCCAAUUGUUAUCUGUAUAAUGGCCCGGACCACUGGGUGUCUAAACUUGGGCAGCGGCUUGAAAGUAUAUUGGAGCAAAAGCUGGCCUUGCUUAAUAGGUCAUUGAGAGAAAAAGUGACCUUGACUGCUACAAUGGCACUGAAAGGGGACUUCCCUAUUGAAACUGAGCCCGACCAAGAGAUUCUUGGUUCUGGACGUAGGCGGUCAGGUCGUCAAAACUACCUUCAAAUGUUGACUGGUAAGAACUCCAGCUCACUAGUGAACCAACUCAAGCUACAAGAGGAGAGUUUGGAAAAAGAGAGACGUCGGCAGCGUGAGAAAGAGAAGAAGGAGGCUAACCAAGCACUGCUCCAGGAUCUACAAGAAUGGGAGGCAAAGGAGCUUGGGAGUGAGAUUAUGGAUCAGCUGAGAGGCAUGUGGGAGAUACCAUCAGUUGGAAGCUUUCUUUACUUGGUAAAAACAUUGCUAGGGAUAGAAGACAUCAACAUGACAGAGUUUGAACUAAGCUUUGUCUACCCUAACAAGUCAAACCUUCUGUCAAGGAUAUUCACUGCACUUCUUAUCACCCCUCAUCAAAGGAAAAGUCUCUACAAAAAGCCACCAAUGAAAUUCAAGCUGUGGGAGUUAAAGCUGAAAGAAAAGGUGUCCAGUUGGUACAAGUUGGCAGAAAAGGAGGGGACUCACUCUGCAUCAAUUCAGUUGGGAAUAGAUCCAGCCUUCUUUGAUAUUCUUGGAAAAGAUAAAAACCCUCUUGAGGAGAAAUCAUACCUAGACCUGACUCUUCACCAGCGUGUUUGGCUUCUGAAAACACUCUGUGACUUAGCAUUGAAUAGAGAUUAUGAUAUACGGGACACCGUUUUAGAAGCCGAUUUCAUGGAGCAGAGAGAUCUGUUCCUUGGUGUGGAUGGGGCAGACAAUUCUUACCUGUACUUUCCAAUCUUUCAAACAACUGAUGUCCGCAUUUACAAGCAUGUACAAUUGCCUGACCCUUCUUCUUCAAAGGACAUUGAAGAGCCAGUCUCUCCUGCUCCUCCAAAAAAGCCAAGAAGGUCACCAUCAAAACCUGCUACUCCAGCACCAGCAUUCAAGCCAAGAAGCUCCCGGCUGAGACAGCUGAGGGAUUCUCCAGCUCCCAUUGAUUUAGAGAUGGAUAAUUCAUCAGAAACAGCUGAUACCGUGACUAGUGGAGAAAAGGAAGAACCCACAAACAUGAAUGAUGAAGAUAAUGAUGAAAAUAAAAAGGAAAACUCUCCUGAAGAACAGCAACAGACACCAGCCAAAUGCACAAUUGAAAAGGGCUUCUCUCUUGCCUGCUAUGAUAUUGAAUCACUACGGAAACUCUGUGAAGAUUUUGCAGAGCCCCCACCAGUGCCUAAAAAGAGGGGUCGUAGGCCAAAGCUGCCUCCACCCAGGAAGAGGUGUGAAAUUGAUCUGCAUGAGACAUUUGUAGCUUUACUUCUGGAACUUGAGAAAUAUGAGGCUACAUUUAGUAGGACUUCUAGCAAGGCGAAGAUCAAAGUGAUGAAAGAGAGUUUGGAACCAGAACCUAUUGACGAGCCAGAAGUAGCCCAGGAAACAAUUGACGAGGACUGGGGCAGUGAAGCUAGCGAUGACGAUGCAGGGGCCAUGCUGGAUACUGAUGACGAGGAGUUCAAACCAGAUAAUGAAACAGACUCAACUGAUGACAAGAAGAACGCAAAGAAAGUAGAUCCAGAUAGCGCUAGUGAUGGCGGCUCUGAGGAUACUUGUGAGUUUUCAAUGCAAACAGCCCUUCCCAGAUUUAAGAAGAAGCGAUUGAGAGAAGAAGAGAAUGCAGACGGUUGCUCCAUCUCAAUCCAAACUCCUCCACCAAAAUUCAAGAAGAAGCCAAAAGGGUGGAGCCCACAAAAAGGAGAGUCCUCUGAUGCUGUUUUAACAGCUCUACAGGCUGGGCGAUCCCCAGCGGCUGUGUUCAUCUCUGCGGUAUCUGCUCAGGAAAGUGUAAAGGCGACAACAACAGCAGCGGAUGGGACACCAUGUAAACUUCCAACAACAGGUACUGUUGUUAGCUGCUCAGAGAUAAAAGCUUCCAUUCCCACUUCUUCAGCCGAAGACCCUCAAAGUGAAGCCCAGAAAGACUCUGUUGGAUCUGGAGUUAAUACAGUACACAGAAAACGAACUCUGGUUUCCCCCGAGGGUCAGACGCAUGAAGUAAAGGCCUUCAUAGAGAGCACAUCAUUGGAGAAUACCACACCUUCACAAACACUCAAGACUGUUAUGUCUAGGACAUCAUCUGCCAAGGCUCUAAUUGCCGAACAGAGUAGCCAAGCAGCUGCUAGCUCAAAGAAAUUAGUCAUGCAGGCCGGAAAGGCAGUCAGUCUCUCUAACACUGUCAAGCCUGCAACACCUCGACCCAAUAUAUUGUCACGCACGAAAAAACAGACUACUGCAACCAGCCAGCAAGUUCCAGGAAGUAACCUUGCCAGCGGACCAUUUGCUGUUUCUCUAGCUCUUUCUAAGGGCAGUAUGGGCCAGCUAUCGAGUGGUGUGACGGAUCCCAAGGAGAUAGCAACCACACCGAGUGUUUCAUCUACAGUUUCGUCCACAACUACCCAACCAAAGCUAGGAACAUCGAUACAUGAGAAGAAAACGCUGGGAAAAGUAACAGUUUCUGGGGCUACACCUGGGAGUAAGGCUGCCAGGGCCAGUAAGCCAAGAACGCCAUCUAAACAAACAACAAGUAGCAUACCAGUGUCUGCAAAACAAAAGAUCGUAGUUGUCCCGGCCGCAUCAGUAGGGCCAAACAGUCCGCUAGCUGGGCUAAAACCAUCUCUUAUUAACACAGGAACUGGAAAGAAGAUUCUUGGUUACGCUAUUGUGGUGCCAGAUGGAUCUAUGGACUCGGUGAAGACACUUCUGAACAGAAACAUAGCACCUGCUGCUCCUGCAAGAUCUGGUAGCCAGUCAGUUGCGCAGAAUCAAGCUAAUCAAGCUGAGGAUGGCGUUAAAGCAGGUCAUAAGACCUCGUUGAGUUGCCAGGGCCCUGCAACUUUUGUCCCAGUUACCCAAGCCAUUCAACAGCUGUCGCCUAGUCCAACCCAUGGUACUGCAACAGUCAGCCAAGCUUCAGUCGCGGUAGAACUGGCCCAGCAGUUUACAACAGGCAUAGCCCAUGGCAAUAUAGCAAGCGUCCCCGUCACCAAGAUUCAGUACAUCAAACCGGUCCAACAGGUUACAGGUACUGCUGCCCUCGGUAAUGCUGCUCGCAAUCUAGUCAAACAGACUACACAAGCAGUUAAACUCAUUCAACCUGCUGCAGUAGAUACUGGCCUUGUUAAUGCAACUGGUGUCCCUACCACCAAUGCCUUAGGUAGCGUGCAGUUAAUUCAACAAGUCGUCGCUGGUACUGUAACCCCCAACCAGGCUAAAGGAGCUGUUAGACUAGUUCAACAAGCUUCAGCAGAUGUUAUCCCUGGCGUUGCAACUGGCGUCCCUUCAGGUGCUGUAAACCUUGUUCAGCAGAUUUCAACGGGUGUUAGCCUUGGUUCUCCAGUUGGUGUCUCGGUCAAACAGGCUGCAGGAGCAGUCAAACGGGUUCAACAGGUUUCAGCAAGUGAUGGCCUUUGUGUGACAUAUGCAGUUGGGCCUUCUGCUGUACCUGCUGGAAUUCCGAGUACUUUACUAUUAACCGGUGUAAAACCGGUUCAGCAAGCUUCAAGUGGAGUUAGACCUGUUGCUGUUACCCCGAGGAUUCCAGUUACUCUGACGCCGAAUGCAAUUAGACCUGGUGCACAAAUUUUGGUCAGUGUUCGGCCCGCUUCUAAGGGUGUUACUGUGCCUGGUAAACAGAUAGUUGCAGGGGUUAAGCAAGUCCCGAUCCAUUCUUCUCCUGACAUCCUAGCUCGGGUUUUACCUGCACCAACUUCUACGCCCCUGAUGAAUGUAAGUAUUGCCAAUCCCAGUAACCAAAGUCUAGCUAACAUCAAACCAGCGCUGGGAGUACCCGCUAUUACUGUUCCACACUCGAAUACUGCAAGCAAACCAUUGACUAAGACAGUGACAUCUCCGCUGCUACCAAAUUCUAAUCUACUUGUGAAUACGUCACCUGUCAGUCAAACCCACCCUCUGAGCGUCCAGCAGGUCGCACAGAUGAUCGUUAGCACGCCAAGUACCGCCGCAGUCUCGCUAGGUACUGUUACGCCAAGUCACGUGGAACCUAUCAAGCACCUUAUGAUUGGAGGUAAACCUGUCGCACUGCUCACUGCGCCUCGAACAGUUCAAGUUCCCCAGUCUUCCACGAAGCUUGGUGAUCCUACCGGCAGACCAGCUCCUCAAGAUCGUAAGACUUACGUACCUGCUUCUCAAGCGUCCAUAACAAGUGUUAGCACGCCAGUUUGUCCUAAUGCUCAAACUACAUCCCAGGUCAGCAGUGAUGGAGCCUCGAGUCUCGUGAGCAAUGAACAGGUCGACAGGUCCAACACGGUACAAGCCUCUCUUGCACCUAUAACACCUAUACUCCAGACCGGGCUUACUGCAUCGCCGUCCCUUGAUACUACGAGCAAAAGUAGUGUUUGCCUUAAUAAGACGAUUUCAAAUUUGGUUGGUUCUCCCACUUAUUCCUACUCUACUUCAGUGCAAGCUACUGCAUUAACUGCAAGCCAAGCUAUAAGCAGUUGCAGUACCAGCACAAACCGCGAUAGUUGUGGUUCAGCCACUCAUCCUUGUACUUCUCCUUCUGAACUCCAAAUCCCGCCGAGGGGACUGAACGUUUUUACUUGUCAAACAGACAGAAGCUCCACCAACUCGAGCUUUACGAGAGCUACUUCUCCGACUACAGAGAUGCUUAGCUGCAAGGAAACAUUAUUUGACGGUCAUAUCAGCGGUGAUGGAUAUUCAACAUCUGAACACCAUCAAACACUUAACGCUUCGAAUAGAUCGUCCGAAACAACGACUCGCACGGAGACAAAGUCGGGAACCUCAGUAAACCUGCCGGAAAAGCCGAACUGUAAGGGCACGAAUGGUGUGUCAACCGAUACAAUUUGCCCGAAGAACAAACCAAUUGACGAUAAUUUAACCACUAAACUCUACAAUGGCUCUCUAGAUCCUAUUCGUGAGAGUAAAAAGAAAGAAGUGCCCGACGUAGCUGUUGCCGUGAAUGGCAGUACUGAUCAUACAAUUUCUGACUUUGAAUCCAAAAUCUGAUCGCAUACAGUGGUGGUGUCUUUUUUUAUUGAUUAAAUGUUUACUCUAUGAUAAAUCUUGGGGAAUCUUGAUUCAUAUUGUAGCAGUUAAAUUAUACUGGGUUCACGAUGGAGGCGAUAUGUCAAUGUUGGUGUGAAAACAGUGUUUCAGUGUUACCAGGGAAUCUGGAUUUUUACAAAGUACAUGCUGAAAGAAAUGGCGUCCGCAUCCUAAAGACUUCAAUAGAUGACAAAGGCUUGCCACUAGGGAUCUAACUACAGGCAACAGUUUACCAGCAGGCAGCCUAGUUUCACUUUAAAGCAAUGCAGUUCCUGCUCGGAUAAGUAAGUUAUCAUGCAGCCGCUCUAACCGCUCUAAAUCGCACGUGAAAUGACAUAAAUUGACUAUAGACCCAAGGCUUUUUUUAAAUAAAAUGUUCAUUGA